GCCAGUUAGAGAGACAGGCCUAGUUAGUGUUGGAACAGCACCAUGUAUAGCCAUCUUUAGCAGCAGCUUACAUGAUUUCACGAUGCAAAUAUCUCAAUUACUACACUAUAAAGAAGGUGCCAGGCAUCAUUUGCACAUGAAUGUCUGAUAGGCCUUUUCAGGUCGCCAUGUUAUAUACAUGGUCACUACUAUUCUGGUUGCACCUGUUCCAAGCCAGCUGGCACCUAGGCUAGGGGAGAAACUCACCACACAGCAGGUAACAAAGAUUCAAAGUAACCAAUCUGCCACCGGCUUGAAACAAGAAAGUGUUCAAAGAACUUCUGGGGUCUCCCCAGCCCCCAGUCUUCAUCAUGAGGAUGAUAAUGUUCUUCCUGGUUGGGCUUCUAGUCCAUGUCAUUUUCUUCAUCUCCAUAUUUGACAUCUACUUCACAUCGCCCUUGGUCCACGGCAUGGCCCCCCAGGUGUCCCCCCUGCCUCCCCCUGCCUCCCGCCUGCUGCUGGUGGUUGCAGAUGGACUCAGGGCAGACAGUCUCUAUAAGCCUGAUGCCAAUGGAUCCACCAGGGCUCCUUACUUAAGGAGUGUGAUGGAAGAAACAGGGAGUUGGGGUGUGUCACACACUCGUGUUCCCACCGAGUCUCGACCUGGACACGUUGCUUUGAUCGCUGGCUUCUACGAAGAUGUCAGCGCUGUAGCUAAAGGCUGGAAGGAGAAUCCAGUGGAGUUUGACUCCGUGUUCAAUGAGAGCAGACACACCUGGUGUUGGGGCAGCCCUGACAUCCUGCCCAUGUUUGCCAAAGGUGCCAGUGGGGACCAUGUGUACACCUACACCUACCCAGCAGAGAGAGAGGACUUUGCCUCCACCGACGCCUCCAGACUGGACACCUGGGUCUUUGAUGAAGUCAAGUCGUUCCUCCAGUCUGCCAGGGUGAACUCCAGUCUGAUGUCCAGUCUACAGAAGGAUCAGAAUGUCUUCUUCCUCCACCUACUGGGCAUUGACACCAAUGGACACGCCCACAGACCCAUGUCACAGGAAUAUCUAGAGAACAUACGUCUGGUUGACUCUGGGGUGAAAGAGCUGGUCUCCAUGGUCGAGGACCUUUUUGACAACGAUGGAAGAACAGCCUAUGUGUUCACCUCUGACCACGGCAUGACCAACUGGGGCUCCCAUGGUGCAGGCCACCCCUCUGAGACCCUGACCCCAUUGUUGGUGUGGGGAGCUGGGGUUCACACUGCUCAGAGAGUCACUGAACCCCAGAAGUACUCCGAUGGAUACCUACAAGAAUGGCAGCUGGAGGGCCUCCGCAGGGUUGAUGUCAAUCAGGCAGACAUAGCGCCACUGAUGUCAUCUCUUAUUGGAGUGCCUAUUCCUCUCAACUCUGUGGGUGUGUUACCACUGCAGUACCUGAACAACAGUGACCAGUUUAAAGCUGAGAGUAUGUACUCUAACGCCAUCCAGAUACUGGAGCAGUUCAAGGUGAAGAUGGCUCAGAAAAAGGAAACAACUUUGUCCUUUCUCUUCACUCCAUACCAGUUGCUGACAGAGUCACGCCAGGCAGAGUUUAUCAACAAGGCCAGGGUUUUGAUCCAGCUAGAGGAAUAUGAAGAAGCUAUCUCUCUGUGCAGGUCUCUGAUUGGCCAUGCGUUGGAGGGUCUGUCCUACUACCACACCUAUGACCGGUUCUUUCUGGGCUGUAGUGUUGUGCUGGGCUUCACAGGCUGGACCUCCUAUGUGGUUCUUGUUAUACUGAAGACACACGCCAGUCUCAGGAGACCACCCACACCCACUGACCAGGUGUCUGGUAAAACCCUGUGGUGGAUGGGUGUGGGAGCUACGCUGCUGAUUGGAAUGUUCCUGAUAAUCCAGAGAAGUCCAGUAACCUACUACAUCUACUGUCUACUGCCUGUCCCUGUCUGGUACUCUGUCCUCAAAGAGUUUGGAACUCUAACAGAUCUGGUUCGUUCGUACAGUUCACUACCACUGGGUAAAUGCUUUGGCUACUUUGCCCUGGUCACAUUUGGGAUUGAACUUCUGGUGGUAAGUUUCUUCUAUCGGGCCAUGUUGACUGUAGGCCUGGCUGUUCUCUCUCUCUGGCCCCUCCUCUCUGGCCUCUACAGCAAGGCCAAGUUUAGGUCACUGAGCUGGGUCCUGUGUUGUUUGUUUCUGGCCACAUUUCCCAUGAUGCCAGUUGUUGGGAGAGAAGCCAACAUCCACAUGGUUACCUGUGCAGGUGUACUCUCUCUGUUAAUUUCCACCUUUUACCUCUGGUUGGCACGGAAACGGACUACACUACACCUGACUGACCGCUACCUCUUAAUCUUCCAGAUGCUCCAUGUAGCAGUGUGUGCCUAUGUGCCCACCAGCACUCACUCCAGUCUGCAGCUGAAACAGGGACUGCCUCUCCUCAACCAGAUGAUCAGUUGGACUACACUGGGUUCCUCUCUGUUUGUUCCUUUGUUGAGUUCUACUCGUCUGUUCCAUCGUCUGCUCAGUAUCUUCCUCUCCCUCACAGCCACCUACCUACUACUGAGUACUGGGUCUGAGGCUCUGUUCCCGCCAGUCUUGUCCUGGCUGAUGUUUGUGUGGAUCAACAUAGAACAGGAAGCCAUGCUCUCUCAAGGUAUCUCUGGGAGACAGGAGCUGUCCACGCUUGACUUCUCUGAAAACAUUGACAUCACCAAGAUCAGACAACUAAAGCUGGAUGACAUCAGAAGAUCCUACUUCUUCGUUUUCUUCAUAAUUACAGCCUUCUUUGGUACUGGGAACAUAGCAUCCAUUAACAGUUUUGAUCCAGCCUCAGUGUACUGCUUCCUCACCGUCUUCAACCCCUUUAUCAUGGGAGGCCUGAUGAUGUGGAAGGUGAUAAUCCCAUUCAUCAUCGUUAUGUGUACGUUUGAAACCAUCCAGGUCUCUACACAACUUUCCUCCAGAAGUCUGUUCCUCAUUGUCCUGGUGAUUUCUGACCUGAUGGCUCUGCAUUUCUUCUUCCUAGUGCAGGACUAUGGGAGCUGGCUGGACAUUGGCACCAGUAUCAGCCACUAUGUGAUUGUGAUGUCCAUGACCAUCUUCCUGAUGCUGCUCAGUCUCAUGACCCACAUCCUCACGUCCAGGAGAGUCUCUCUGUGGAGGACACGCAAGAUGCACUUCCCCUGAACACUAUCUCUCUCACUCUGUGUGUGAGUUUUUAAUCAUGCCUAUUUAUUAACAUUCUCCAUUAGAUUUACCUGAAGUGCACAAUUAUGCAAAGCAAGAUGCCGUAGGACUAACUUUUGAUGUGCACUGGAAUUGUUUUAUUGUAGAUGUCUACAUUAAAACUGUGGCUUAUCAAAGUCAAGGUAGCAAAAACAUAACCACAUGUAACUGAUGGAGUUAUUCCCGUAAAAGUUCAAUUAAAUGCAGUCUCAAAUAGCCGCCUUCCCUUUUGAAUAGCCGGGUAACGGCACACAUUUCAGCAAAUGAACGCUGUACGAGGUUACUAUGAAUUGCCAUUAAUUGUUUACAAGGUUUAAUGUUUGAUUUGUUAAAUUUCACAAAUUCAGUAAGGACUCAAAAAAAAUAUAUAUCAAUCAUCCAUUUUUAUCGACAGUAAUAAGCUGGUAGCCAUUGGCUGCGAAAAGCUGAGAACUGUUAGCUAACUGGCAACCACAAAAAGUCAACAACUUCGGGAGUACAGACCCCCAGAAAUUGGCUGUUCGACCCCCUCUAGUGGCAAAAGUAAGAACUGCCGAAAAUACACAGUCAAAGAAGAGAAUAAUUGUACGUAUUCUGGCAAGGAUCUAUGGGGGAGGAAAUAUAGCCAUACUAAGACAAAAGAAACGUGACGUAUGUAAACGUGAUGUAAAUGAUAACACAUUUGUGCAGGAAAUGAAGACAUUGAUUAAAAUGCUGGAAGUGAUUGCUAGAAUUAAACCAAUAACUAUGCAAAUGAGGAAAAUCUGUGAAAUAGACACCUGGCUCAAAUAGAAGCCUGUCUCUAAUAAUCCUCUUUCUGUUUUCAGUGAUUCAAGCCGAUAAACUCCCAGGCUAUUUUACUUUUUUAUUUAUUUAUUUUUAAAACUUUUUUAACGGUACAUAAACAGAUCAGAAUUCUGAAGUCUGACAAAUGUUUGUUUUUUUGAGGGGCGACAUUGUCAUAGAGGACCCGGUGUGCAUUCAUGACUACUCCUUUUCAGCCAACUUACAAGCAAAUACUUUACCAUCUCAUGGUAAGAGUGGCUGAGUUACUAAGCGAGAGUCAGGGUAGAGAGGCACUUCAGAGGGAGAAUCUGUGAAUCCAAUAGCGAUAUAAGUAGGGGAAAUCUAAAGUAGAUAGAUUUCAGAGGCAACACUCCAUAGGCGACAGAGGUCACAGGUGUCGAGGGGAACAGUCAACAUGCCGGCGAUCAGAGGAAGGCUCCAGGCAGGUGGAAAUGAUAACAUAACAGCACAGUCCAAACUCCGAUGUCAGUCAGCUAGCGCGAUAGCACUAAACCAAGGAUACAAAAGCUACAAAACUCCAGUAGGCCAAAAAGUGGACAAAACAAAUGACGAAAGACAGACGAGGUACUAAACAAUUAGAGUAGGCAGGGAUGAUUUGAAGCAAGUCACAUUCUGAAUGUGCAGAAUGCCCCACGUGUAAUAUGAUAGCUGGUUUACAUCACACUUCCUCGUGAAUGUUGGAUUGUAGCUCACCACCGCCAACACUCGGCCUCUUAAUGACUGUGGCAAUUGUGCAUUGUGGGUAGUUUCGACAAUAUCCGAUAAUAAGUUAAUACAUAUUUAAAACCCCAAAACAGAACUAUUUUGGAAGUUCUAGUUAACCAGAUCGUAACUACAACUAAGUUUGACUACACUGUGUUGUCACUUUGUUGAGUAAAAACUGCUGCUUUCUACCCUUUAAGUCUAGGUAUAAGUCUAUUUCAAUGAUCUGUAUAUGAUAUUGACAACACUAUUUUCAACUACUGUUCACCAAAAACAUUAUGUAUAAUUUAAAUGAAGCCAUUAAGUAAUGGAACAAGAGUAAUAAUAAUAAUAUGCCAUUUAGCAGACGGUUUUAUCCAAAGCGACUCAGUCAUGCAAGCAUACAUUUUACAUAUGGGUGGUCCCAGGUAUCAAACCCACUACCCUGGUGUUAAACGCCAUGCUCUACCAACUGAGCUACAAAGGACCAUGCUCAAGAGUAGCCUAACUAACUUAAUUGAAUAGUUGAUAAGGGAUGUAUUUGUGUGUUAUUGAAUUGUUUCCUACUUCGAUGUGUGGUAAAUAGUUUUAUAUUCUACAGGGUUAUCUAUCAUAUUAAUAUUGUAUUACAUAAAAACAAUUCAACUGGUACUAUAUGAUGUAUUACCUGGUGGAUAUGGAUGGUGUAUUAAAAUGUUAAUUUACUGCCA